AUGAAGGUUAGACACGAUACCAUCUUCGUAAUCCGGGUCGCUCUGAUUGUGGCGGGUGUGGUUCCCGGGGACUGGAAGGAGUCGUGGAAAACCAAACUGUUCAAAAUGUAUGCGGCAUUCCUUGACGUGCAAUUCGUGACCUUUGUUUUGGCCAAAUUCAUGUACACAUUCCAGGACUCAAAAUACAACAAAGAGCUGCUAUCUUUCUUCGAAGGAUGGUUUGAAUCCAUCAUACUGCUCUGCCUCACUCUGCAGCGAAUUGCUUUCCGCUGGAAGGAAAAACAAAUGUUGGAACUUCUAAAACAGUUGGAAAUAAUGAAACCGAAAAUAACCACUCCGACUUUGAAUUCCUAUGAUAAUUUGGCAUGUAAGAUCAGUUUGUCCUUCGGUUCACUUGUUAUGAUGGCACACUUCCAGCUGGUUCUGCCCUUUGGUAGUUUUCAAUUUUUGAGAUUUAUCCUGCUGAUUGCUGUCCCAUUAAGCGAACUAUUCACAUUCUGCUACUUUGGUGAACAACUACAGUAUCACAGCUUAAUGAUCCAUCGUGCAGUCUACAUGAACAACUGGUACCGUAUGUCAAAGGGCAACCAGAAGUUAUUGUUGGUGGUAGCAAUCAGAGCUAUCCGGCCUGUCAGACUCGACGUUUGGCCUCAUUUCAUCCCUGCUUCUCUGGAUACUUUUCUCAAUCUGUGUCAGCUCUCUUACUCCGCCUAUUCAGUCUUGGCUGGAACCACCACCAGGAAGAUCAACUAG